AUGGCAUCAUCAUCAUCAUCGUCCUCGGUGAAACAACAUGGUCGUGAAUUCUCUCUAAUGGAAAUCAAGUCGGCUACCAACAAUUUUAGCGGUAAGCAUGAAAUGGCGGAAGGAGGUUUUGGUAAAGUUUACAGAGGUUUCAUCGACAACCAACAAACGAUGGUGGCAGUGAAGCUCCUGAAUAAAGCUUCCAUUGAAACGCCAACCGGAUUUCAUGUGAAGAUUGCCACACUUAGUCCGAUCCACCAUCGCAAUAUAGUGUCGCUUAUUGGCUACUGCAAGGAGGAGGACGAGAUGAUUUUUGUGUAUGAAUACAUAGCAAAUCAUACACUCGAAGAUCACCUCCACAGACUAUUAAAGGAUGGUCACUCAGAGCUCUCAUGGAAUGAACGACUUACUAUCUUGAUUGGAGUUGCCCGAGCCUUUUGUCAUCUUCAGUACUUCAUCUGUGGAGGCUCAUUUAAACAAUAUCGCGGCGUUAAGAGUUCAAAUAUCCUUCUAGAUGACAAUUUUGUGGCUAAUGUUAGCUUGGAUGACCUACAUAGCCAUGUUAGUACGACUGAUAUUGGCAUGUUUCAUCCAUACUAUUGUUUGUAUAAGAGCCUUACAAGGGAUAGUGACACAUAUUCUUUUGGGGUGAUGGUGUUAGAAGUAUUGAGUGGUAGAUGGGAAGUUGAUAAUAGACGUCCACUUGAGGAACGCAUCUUGCCCAGUUGGGCUUUAUACAGAGAAGCUCGUGAGAUUUUAGACCCUGUUUUUCAUGGAAACCUCUCGUAA